AUUUCGUCUAUUUUCUUUUCUUUAUUCGCCCUUUCUAUGUGGUUCUUAUUGACACUCUCCUCCUUCACUGCUCCUUCGUAGCUGCUUCCUCUCUUUUCUUCCUUUUUUUAUUUUUUAUUUUCCCACUUAAUUAUUCUUCUCUUCCCCUUUCAUUUUCUUCCCUUCUUCCUCCUUGCAUCCUUCGUUCUUCUGUUCAUGUGAUCAAAAUCUUGGGAGCAAGAGAUGGUUGCAGAAUCGUGGUUUCGUGGUCUGUGGAAAAUUCCACGUAAGCAUGAUUCCGGUACUGAAAAGGCAGUGAUUGGAGUUCUGGCUUUUGAAGUUGCUAGCUUGAUGUCUAAGCUAAUUCAUCUAUGGCACUCCUUGAGUGAUAAACAGGUUUCUAGGUUGAGAGAGGAGAUAUCAAAUUCAGAGGGUAUAAAAAAGCUUGUGUCUGAGGAUGAUGAUUUCAUUGUUGGUUUGAUUUGUGCAGAGUUAUUUGAGAGUAUUGUACAUGUGGCGAAAUCUGUGGCCAGAUUGGGGAAGAAAUGCUCUGACCCAACUCUGAAGAGUUUUGAACAUGUUUUUGAUGAAUUGAUCAAGCUUGGCACUGAUCCAUUUGGAUGGGAAUUUUCCCAUAAGAAGAUGGAUAAGAAAGUUAAGAAGAUGGAGCAUUUCAUUUCAAUCAAUGCUACUUUGUAUCAAGAGAUGGAAAUGCUUUCAGAUCUUGAGCAGACUGUGAGGAGAAUGAAGGUUAAUGAUUCGGAGCCAGAAAAUUUGCUCAACUUUCAGAAGAAGCUUGUGUGGAAGCAGCACGAAGUGAAGAAUCUUAGGGAGAUCUCACUUUGGAAUAGAACAUAUGAUUAUACAAUGCGCCUUUUAGUGAGAUCUCUGUUCACAAUAGUCAGUAGAAUGAAUAAGGUCUUUGGCUUUAAUUCAAUGGUUCCCUCAGAGCACUCAAAAAUUAUGAAUUCUGAUUUUCUUAAUCACAGUCAGUCAGUUUCUUCACUACUGCAAUCAUCAGUUCAUCCAUCUGAGAGCAGUACCAUUCCUAGAUUUUCUUCUGGCCCUCUUGGUGGAUUUAUAGCAAAAUCAGGUCCAAUUUCAAAAUCAAAUAGAACCAACCAUUUCUAUUCAGGUCCCCUUGGUGAUCCAAUUGCAAAAUCAGGCCCUAUUUCUGGAAAGCAUAGGAAUAUGGACUUUUUUUCAGGUCCCCUUGGAAAGCCAGCAACAAAGGCAGGCCCCAUUUCUAGAAUAAGCAAAAUCAGGAAGAUGUGGCAGACUCAACAGUCUCCUGCUUUUCAGGAGAAAAAAGCGCAACCGAAAGCAAAUAGAUCGACUCAAAUUGGACCUUUUAAAGGGUGUAUGGUAGCUACAAAUUUGCCUGAUACUAAUUGCUAUUUAAGUAAAGCUGUUGACCAUUCAGGUAUUGCUAUUGAAGCCAAGGAAAAUAACACUGAUCACCUUUCUCUGGGCAGCAUAGCUCAUACUACAUCAAUACUCAGUUCCAGGUUGAAGCUGUUGGAUGCUGUUCCUGAAACUCUUGGUGCUGCUGCUUUGGCAUUGCACUAUGCAAAUGUUAUUAGUGUAAUUGAAAAGUUAGCUGCAUCUCCUCACUUGAUUGGUCAUGAUGCGAGAGAUGAUUUGUACAAAAUGUUGCCUGCUAAUGUGAGAAAUGCACUAAGAGCAAGGCUAAAGCCAUACUCUAAAAGCUUGGCUUCAUCAGCAUGUGAUACUACUCUUGCAGGAGAGUGGACUGAGGCAAUUACAUCAAUAUUAGAAUGGCUGGCUCCACUUGCUCAUAACAUGAUAAGAUGGCAAUCAGAUCGAAGCUUUGAGCAGCAGAAUUUUGUUUCUAGGACAAAUGUACUCCUGGUACAGACCCUUUAUUUUGCAAAUCAGGAAAAGAUAGAAGCAAUCAUAACUGAGCUUCUGGUUGGUCUCAACUAUGUUUGGAGAUUGGGCCGAGAACUCAACACAAAAGCUUUGCAGGAAUGUACUAGUGGAAGAGUAUUUGAUGAAUAUUUGGAGCUUGAGAUGUGAUGAUAUCAUCAAGGCAGUAGCAAUUGCCACCAUGAUUCCAGAUAUCUCACGAAUUGACUGGAUUCAACAUUCGUAUAUCAGUAAGCUUCCAACACCUGGCAGGUCCAUGUGGCUUCUCAAUUCGUCUGGAAAAACAUUGUUCAGUUUGCUGGGUGAUGACUGAUGAGCAGGUUCAAACCUUGCAAUCUCUCUGGAAUUAACUACACCAAAAGGUAUAUUUGAGCUUCUAAAUAGUAGUUCUAUUUUUCAUUAUGUGAGUGGAGAUUUCCCUCUUUUGUCCACUUAUAACAGUGGCUUCUCAAUCUUCGUCUUCGUGGAGCUAGUCUAGGCUUAUUAAUUUAGCUAUUAUUUGAUGAUUUGUGUAUAUUUAUCGGCUAUAUGCAUAUCUAUAUUAAUUGUAAAUUUACCAGAUAAGGUUUUUAAUUCACAUAUGGCGAUUGAGCAUGAUUCCUUUUUGGAAA